AUGAUGAUGCACACCAUCAAAUACGCAUUCGCCGUCCUCGCAGCGUCGGCGGCCGUACAAGCCCAGCAGCUAGGUCCAUCAUGCACGAGUACCUUGUUCUCCCUCACGACAUCUACGUUUUAUUAUCCUGGUACAACCACGACUACCACUGAAUCGGGAGUUACAACCACGCACCCAACAGUCUGGGUGAUGAUUACCACGACGAAAGCCACUACCACUGCUACACAGGCUCCUGCCAGCAUCACGACAGCGCCGAUGCUCCAAGCGCGCGAAUCGCCGUGUAGCGCUACGACAUAUGUACCAAAGACCAUCGACGUCGCUUCAGCCAACUCGAGUUCGACUUGGACAGUCACAGCGUGGGCGACGACCGUUACUGGGGAUCCGGUGACUGCUACGACGUACGACUGCUAUCCUACAGGAUACUGCGGUUUCUAG